UUACCAUCGAUAAAACAGCUGACAGUUUUCAGAAUUCAUUUUUUAUAAUUCAUUAAUUGCCCACAUCGGCACAUUUAAUUAGAUUAGAAUCCAAAAAAUAUAGAAAACAUGAAUGAAGCGGACAGUUUUGCUGAAAUCUUCCGAGGCGGACUACCCCAUUGCCUACUCAUUGUAUUUUCUAUGUUGUUACUAUGCUCACCGGUAAUGCCCAGCGAAUUCGAGGUUAUUUCCAUGACCAAGUUUGAUGUUAAUGGACAGCAUUUUGGAAGUCGAGCAUCUUCAAUUUCCCUUGAAGCCAGAUCCUUGUAUUCUUGGAAUACCUCUCGGCAUUGCGUUCUUACGCGUCUUACCGAUUUGUCGAUCCAUGAUUUCGACAAGCUAAGACAAAAUGCGGGCGGCCUAAUUCUAAUGUUGCCAGCUAAUAUUUUGGAUUUGGAUGUUGAAACCAGAGAAUUGAUCAUGAUUUUGGAGCAAUCUAUGCUUGCACAUGCAGUUGUAGCUCCCAUUUAUUUUGCACCAUACAACAAGGACUUGGAAAAGAUCAUAGAUGAUAUCACUUAUACUACCACCGACAGUGUGGCGAAAAAUCAAACCGCAUUGGGACAAUUGAUUGUAACAGUAUCGGCUAAUCGUUACCACAUUAAUGUUGGUGGUGGAAGUAUUGUGGCCAACAAGAACAGCAAAGUUCCUAUUAUCCAGGGCGAGCUGAUUCCCAAUCAGUUGGCACUCAAACCCAGCGAAUCUGUUACCGAUGGACAAAAACUUCCAGUUAUAUUAAUAACAGCUAACCUGAAGACUUUUGGAAUAUAUAAUGAUUAUCCGUUGAAUGCUGAUGCUGCUGUUUUAUUAGCACUUGUUGAAUUGUUCAGUAAAGUGCACUACACAGCCACCAUGGCACCCAAGUAUCGCCUCAAAUUUUUGCUCUCUGAUGCCGGCUUGCUACUAAAUUUCCAAGGCUCGAAGAAAUGGCUGGAAGUAGAUGACAAUGCUCUUCAGAAUGUAGAAUUUGUUCUAUGCUUAGACACCAUAACGGAAAGUUUAUCCAAUAAUCCAGACAAUGCUUUAUACAUGCACGUUUCCAAACCACCAAAGGAGAAGAGUUCGAUAAGCAAUUUCUUCAAGCUCCUAAAAUCAGCCGCUGAAAAGUAUUCGAAUGGAUUAACGGUUGAAGGUGUUCAUAAGAAGAUCAAUUUGGCAGAUUCUAAACUCGCCUGGGAGCAUGAACGAUUCAGCAUUAAACGUUAUCCUUCCUUUACUUUAUCUUCUGUAAAGAGUCCCAGAAGCCCCAUUCGAACAACUAUUUUUAAGAACGACGAGAGUCAGAUUCUGGAACACACACUGAAUACGUCAAGAAUUAUUGCUGAAGCUCUUGCUAGUUUUAUGUACAAAGUUGACUCCGUUUCUGGCAUCUUCGAUGGAGAGUUGGCCAUUAAAGAAGAAAACUUACUGCCAUACUUCGGAGUCAAAUCUAUACUUCACAACAAUGAUGUUAAGGAUGCUUUCGAAAAAUACCUUAGUAAUGUUAAAAUCAUUUACGAUAAACCCGACAGUCGGGAUCCUGACUUUAUGUUCUACAAUGAGCACGAUGUAAAGCUCAAUGUCUAUAGAGUAAAGCCAGCGAUUUUCGACCUCUUCCUCACCAUUGUCAUUGGCAUUUACCUACUGACGGUGUUUCUAGCCAUUCAAUAUUUCCCCCGACUUUAUGAUGAGGUGUCGAAAUUAACGAAAGAAGAGCCAGUGGGACAACUUAACGGACAUUCUUCCGAACGACUAAAAAUGAAAUCGCAUUAGCAUAAAGACGGUAUUGAGUAAAAACAUAUUUGAAUGUAGGAAAAUUUAUGUCCAAAAUUCUUUUUCAUCAAUUUACUGAUAAUGAUAAUAAAACAAUUGUUACUUUAAAGAUAAAAUUAAAUGGUAGAAUGUGUCCAAUGUAGUUCCAAAGUAAAUAUAAAUUCAUUUGUUAUAAAUAA